UGUCCUCCCUCAGGUUGUUUAACUUUGACGCCCCUGCCUCUAUGCUAUAAAUCGAACGUGCUUUGAUUGUGAAAGUCCCGGCCGGAUGUGUGGCGCGUGGUCGCGCGCAGCUCGACGUCUCCACGGUGAGAUGGCCGUGGAGCCUCUGCUGCUGCUUCUGUGAAGUGGAAACAGGCGCCGUGGACGGAGGGAAAACCCGGCCGCUGAAGCCUUCGACCUCCGGCCGUAAAACCACACGGUUAGCUUCUGCAUUAGCGUCGGUGCUGCUGUGCUGCUGGGCGGCCUGGCUGCCCUCCUGCCUCCAGAUGAAUGAAGAACACUCCGGGACACAGAGACACAGCUGAUACAGGGCAUUCAGGUGUUUCUGCAAAUAUGAUGAAGAAAAAGAAUCCCCACAAGAAACACAAGAGCAGCCUUGGUCCGACCACCAAAGUUCUGUCGCAGCCGCACAACAACAUCGUGGGCUGCAGGAUUCAGCACGUGUGGAAGGAAGGAGGCGGACACGUGGUGUGGAAGGGGGCGGUGCUCGACCAGGUGCCGGUGAACCCAGCGCUCUACCUGAUCAAAUACGACGGUUUCGACUGCGUUUAUGGUCUGGAGCUCUACAAGGAUGAGAGGGUUCAGGGGCUGGAGGUUCUGCCCGACAGACUGGCUAAAUCCCGUCUAACCGACGUCAGCCUGGCCGACGCCAUGAUCGGGAAAGCGGUGGAGCACAUGUUCGAGACGGAGGAGGGACCGAAGGAGGAGUGGAGGGGGAUGGUCCUGGCCCGGGCUCCCAUCAUGACCACCUGGUUCUACAUCACCUACGAGAAAGACCCCGUCCUCUACAUGUACCAGCUGCUGGACGACUACAAAGAAGGAGACCUCCGCAUCAUGCCCGACUCCAACGACAGCGUCCCGACGGAGAGGGAACCCGGCGAGGUGGUGGACAGUCUGGUGGGGAAACAGGUGGAGUACGCCAAGGAGGACGGCGGCAAGCGGACGGGCAUGGUCAUCCACCAGGUGGAGGCCAAGCCCUCCGUCUACUUCAUCAAGUUUGACGACGACUUUCUCAUUUACGUCUACGACCUGGUCAAAACUUCGUAAAAAAAAAACGAUGGUCCACACGUCCAAGACUUAAAGAAAAGUGCAACACAUGUUGAAACAUCUACGGCAUUUGAAUCCAGCGCUGUCCCCUCAGACCAUCAAACACAGGACCGAUGCCUCCUGAGAACGGACUCCUCAUCUGUGGUGACCUUUUCUGAAGACAGAUCUGUCCACAAUUUCAAGUUUUUACGCCAGUAUUUUACUUUGAAAGUCCCAAGCGAGACAGAGGCUUUUUAAGAGUCUGCAAACACUUAACUGAUGUCACCACAACUUCAAAACCUAACCGUGUGAUAGGUCGUCAACUUAAUGAACAACAGACUAAAAUACAGAGGAUCUGUGAAGUCAAAAAGAACGAGCAGAAGAAGUCAAGAAUUUUACAAGAAGAGACCAAACGAGGAAGAGAUGGCGUUUCUUUUUUUGGGACGCGUUUAAACUCAUCGUCAUAGUCAACUAACGUGUCCAAGAAGACGACGCGAGACUGUCUGGACAAAGGCAACCGUAACAUAACCCUAACCCUAGGAACAAAAAAGGAACAAUCUAAACAUCAACUAACCCUAGGAACAAAAAAGGAACAAUCUAAACAUCGCAAACAAACAAAAAAAGGUU